AAGAUUUUUCUUUGCAAAAUUGUAACAUUUCUUUUCAAGUUUGAAGUAAAAAACGUAAAUAGUUCUUAAAUGUUUAGUGUUUAUUAAGUUUUAAAUUAUAAAUUUAAGUAAUUAAUAAAAUAGCAGACAUCUUUUCAAAUAUCAGGUGCUUUAAAAAAAGUCAUAAAAUUAACAAAAAGAAAAAAAAUUUCACCAUAAAACAAAAAUCGUGUUUUUAAGACGCAUUUCUAUACAAAUUAUUCGAUUUAUGUUAUAUUGGACACACACACAUUUCUUUUUGAUAUAUAUUUUUUUUAUUAACAAAACGUUUAAAUAAAAAGGGAGAAAAUAAAUAAAUUACCACCGAAAAAAAUAAGCAGACUACAACAAAAGCUCCAGCAACAACAGCGAGAAGAAAAUUUUUUAAGCCAACCAUAUAUUAUACGUAUUUGUACACAAGGGAAAGGCGCAAUUAGCAAACAGUCAUUGGACGCGGACAGACAGUGACAACGGACAUUGCUAAUAUGAUUAGUAACAAUAACAAUCCAAAAUCGAAAAAUGGUGGUGGUAUGGCGAGAGGCGGUCUAAUGUCUGCCUCAUCCUCGGCUUCAAAUAUAUCUACUGCCACAGCUGCCAGCUCCGUUAACCUAGUAAAUACAACAGGUCGAAAUGUUGUUUGUGGCAGUAGCAGCAGUGUUGUUGGUGCAAUGCCAGUCCAUUCUGCUAACGAAGGUGUUACUAGUCUUAGCGAUAUAAGGAGCUAUUUGCAACCCAUCAACAGUACAAUGUCCCUGCCGCCUGGUGUUUGUCCCUACGAUCACAUAAUAGACAUGAUACGUGGUCUGGACCUGCAAGACGAUGGCAUAACCAUGAAUCACAAGAUCAAAUCUAUCGAAACGGACUUUUGUAAUAUUGUUCGCGACGAAAGUAUGUUGUGUGAAUCAAUGGAAUACAUAAAUGACAAAGCAUUGGAGGAUGGAGAAACAGCUUUAAAAUUUGCUUUACUUUUCGCCUCACACAAUUUUGAUGUUCUGGCAAUGAAGGAGACCAAAGUGCGAACAGCCAUGCUAACGCUGUUGCAAAAGAAUUUCGUUAAUGCUGAAAGCUAUAGAGUGCAUGAUCGAGAACGGCUCUAUAACUCAAUAACUCUAUUGGGCGAAUAUUAUCAUCGAGUGCGCUUGGCGGAUAAUACACCCAUAAACAUAUUGGGUGAAUCUCUUUUGGGUCUGCUCAUACGUGAAAUUAAGGAGGAGAAGAAUGCGAACGAUGUCAAAUUGGCGAAAUUAAUAUUGUCACAAAUUACACUCAAUGGGGAUUUGAUGCGUAAUCUGCAUAAAACGGAAAUAUCACAAUUACUAUAUCACAUACGAAAGAAUCUAAUAGAGCAGCCAAAUUUGAAGCCAACCGUUAAAGCCAUUAUGUUAAUGACUUUAGAUUUAUUUUAUAGUAAUUUUGCAAGUUUAGGGUCACAAUUAGAAGUUAUGUAUACAAAAUAUUUCAUUAUGGAGGACGAUGACGAAGGCAACAAUAAUCAAAAUUCAAAUCAACCAAAUCAACAGCAACCGCCGCCCUCGCCAGCUAAUCAUCAUCCGCAACAGCAGCAAAAUCAAUCAAAUAGUAGUCCUCAACAACAACAAAACUUUACCUGCCCUUCAACUCAACUGCAGCAACAGCAGAAUAACAGUUACGAUGAAGUUCCUCUGCCUUCGUCUUCGAAUAAUACCAGCUAUGAAAAUGGUGAUUCUGGUAAUGUUAACGACAACACCGAAGAUGAUCCCGACAGCUACAAGAAGUGGAGCGAACAAGUUUGUGAGGAUUCAUUCGAGGAGUAUAACGGUGUCGAAAGUGAAUUGAACUUGAGCGGCAGUGGCGGUAAUCAGGAUAAAUUAAACAAAAGCUUGGGCGAUGAACGUGACCAGCAGCAUUCUUCUAAUAGAAGUUAUGAUAAUGACAGCGAUAGACAUAGUCGCAACUCCAGACGCUCAUUUCAACCAAGACAAUCACCAAGACCACUUAAACAAAAUUUCAAUAGUAAUGAACAGUUACACCGCGAUUCUCAAAAUAGCGGUAAUGAGGAACGUGACGAGUCAAAACCAUUGCCUCGUUGGCGGGCUCCAAGAUUUAAUCGUGAUGAUCAAAACAAAGACAACCGAUCGCGCAAUGCUCAAAGACGUUUUAGUGCCAGCUUUGACGACGAUCGUCAAAGUGUACGCAGUGAUGGUGGCAGUAUACGCCUGUACAGCAUUAAUGAUCGUCUGAAACAUGCUCAAGAGAAAAUUGAACGUACUGGCAAUCAGACAACGUACACUGGUAUAGCGAAUUCUAAUUGGGAUCGACAAUCACAACGGGACGAUCGCAGUGAACGUUCCUACAUGAGCAACUAUGAGCGUGGCAACAACCAUCGUAGAGGUGGUGGUGGUAGACAUUAUAAUAAUCGACCCACCUAUGAUAAGCCGCCACGUUUUCAGAAGAACAAAAAUGCUGUAGGCAGUAAUAAUGCGGAUAAAAAUUCAGAUACCUGGAGAACUUCAAAUAGUCAUUUACAAUAUGUGGACGAAAAUUCGUCGUACAACACCAACGGUCCCGAAUCAAAUAGUCGCAGCUCCUCGAGAGCACGCACAUUGCCCAGGCCGGCCAAGUCUAGAAUUGAAAGUAAUAAUCAAAACAAUAGUUACAGACGUAGUCAAAGUCCCAACAGUUAUCAGCGCGGCGGUGGUAAUCAUCACCAUCACAAUCACAAUCAGCAUCAAAAUAAAAAUAGAACACACAAAGUCGGUAGUCGUUACAGUAGCCAGAGCAGUUUGGCCAGUGAUGCCUCUAGCACUUUAGAUCGUCGCCACCAUCAAAGAAAUCGCUCGUUUUCUCGACGUUCUUCUACGCAACAACAAGAUCAACCUAAUGAUAUUCAACAUUGGAAUGACAAGGAUACAAACAGUGAAUUGUGAGUUUUUUGGAAGAUACGGCAAAGAUAAAGAAUGUAUUCCUUUCAAUGUCUGCUCUAGUAAAAAUUUAACUAAAAACGAAUACUCUGUGGUAUAAAAAUUGUGUGUGUGUUUAAAAGAGAAUAAAAACAAAAUCAAAACUGAUAUUUCAACAUUUUUACAAUUCAAAAAAGGUCUGAAAGUUAAAGAAGAUAAAGAAAAAGUUAAACAUAAAACAUUAAAAAAAAACAUUUAUUAUUAUUUAAAUUAAAAAAAGAACUAACCUUUCUUUUACCUCCCUCCUCCCUUAAAAUAAAUAUCUUAUGUACUAGAAUUUAUGAUUAUUGUUAACAAAUUGCUUUUUUAUUAUUUUGAUUAACAUUUAUUUAUAGUUUAUUUUAAUUAAAUAAAGAAAAUUGUAUAAACACUAUUUUAAACAACUAAUUGGCCAUUUUAAAUGGUUUGUUGCAAAUAAAAUAAAAUUAAAAUUAUAUAUAUGUAGGUUUAAAAAAUAAUUAACAAAAGUUUCCGCCGGAGCUCAGGUUUAAAAAAAAUAUUUAAUUCAGUUCAAGAGAGAAAAAAAUUAUAAAUUAAUUAUGGAAAACCUCUACUAACAAUAAAUAAUAAACUGCCUUUUAGCUCAAACUCAAACACAACAAAAAAAACAAAAUUAUAUGAACAAUAAAUUUGUUAAAAAAAGAUUUAACCACCUUUAAAGUAAAUAGUUAAUUCAGUUGCCAUUUUGUUUAUUGUAUUUUACAAAUUAAUAAUUAUCGUUUUUGUAUGUCUUUUCCAAUUCCCCCCCUUUACACCCGCAUAAUAUAUCAUUGUAUAUAGACUUUAUGUAUGUUUGCUUCAUUUAUCAUUAAAAUUAUUAUUUUUUGUUUUCAUUUCCAUAUGUUUUAGUUUCCAACUUUAUUUUAUUGUCUAAUAAAUAAGACAAACAUUUUUAUUCUUUGUGUGUUUAAGAUUGAUUGUUUAAUAAUAAAAACAUGAUUAUUUUUUAAUAAAUGUAUUUUAAUUCUAUUUUCUUUUUUCGUUUACUUUAAGUUAAUUUUUUUUCCUAUUUUAUUACAACAAACAGAAAAAUACUUAAAAAUGUAUUACAUUUAAAAAUAUCACAUUGUUAUAAGAAAUAUAUAAAAACAAAUAAAAUAAUAUUAAAACAAAAACAAAAAAAAAAAAUCCAUUAAUAGUUUUUAAGAAAUACCUAUAUUAAAACAAAAUUAAGUUUAAAACCAAUGUUAAAAACAAAAAUAAAUUUAUAAUUACAUUAGAACAAAAAACAUUAAA